AUGGGGCUAGGAGGUUACGUGUGCUGGCCCAGUGGACGUAGCCAUUGGUUUGCAGUCUCUCUGUCGGCCGUUGAACUGCAGGACAUCAGCGACCUUUUCCAGGUGCCGCUUCAAUCUCACAUUGCAGCACUGGAGCUCCUUGCGCAGUUGCUGCUCUUGUGGUGCAUGCAUCAGGCCUUGCCUUCUUGCCGAGGAAUUGAUGCUGAAGUCGAGCACAUCGCCGGUUACAAGAAUGCCCUUGCGGAUGAGCUCAGCCGGAUGCCGGUGGAUUCUUUGCCACCCUUGGCGAUUGAGGAGCCUUUGGUGGAGGUGGAUGCUCGAGGUUUCCGUCGCAUGGGCCCCUAUGACCGCCCUGGCCAUCGUAGCCCGGUUAGCGACUUUGAAUCCCAUGCAGUGGAGCGUGAGCCUGUGGAGCCUUCUCCUCGCACUCCUGCCGAUGCGGUUCGCUGCGACUCUUGCGAUUCCCUUCGGGCUUCGAAUGCUCAGCUUCGCCUGCAGAUUGAGCACGUGACUUCUGAAAAUGCUCGUCUCAACCUGCGUCUGGAAGAGCUCCUUGCUUCGUCCCGGACAUCAGGCGCUCGUUCUUGGACACAUGCUGAGCAGGUACGAAUGGUCUUCUCUGCCGAGGAGGCGGAUGCGACUCAGCUUCUUUGUGACCCUGUGGUACUGCUUAGAGCUCUUCGGUACCAUGAGCAGCGUCUGGAUGCUUUGGUCAAUCUGCAGUCUUCGCUCGAAAAUGAGCUUCGCUCUCGACCGUGA